UAAAUAUUGAUUAUAAGAGAGAGAGAGAGAGAGAGAGAGAGAAUAAUUUCUAGAAGAGAAAUAUCUCUCGUCUCGAUCGAUCGAGAAUCACUUGCUUUUCGAUCAAUCAAACCCCCGAUCUCUACUCUUAAACCCUACCGCCGCCGACAACGCCACCACCAUGAAACGCUCAAUCGACGAUUUUAGCGUCUCCAAAAGCAAAAGCAAACCCGUCUUCUUAACCAAAGCUGAACGUGAAAAAUUAGCCCUUCAGCGCCGCCAAGAAGAAAUCGAACAACAGAAAAAACGCCAACAACUCAUCCUCUCCCAAUCCCGCCCCUCCAGUUCUGACACUGAAAAACCUCCCUCCGAUUCUGACCGCCGUGACAGGGACAGAGACCGUGACAGAGACAGAGACAGAGACAGAGACAGGGACAGAGACAGAGAGCGCGAUCGGGAGAGAGACAGAGAAAGAGAAAGAGAGCGCGAGCGCGAGCGCUCCUCGCGGCGCAACAGAGAGCGCGAACGUGAAGAGGAUGUAAAGGCGCGUGAACAAGCCAGAUUGGAGAAAUUAGCCGAGAGAGAGCGAGAGAAGGAGCUGGAUGCCAUUAAAGAGCAAUAUUUAGGGUCCAAAAAGCCUAAAAAGAGAGUAAUAAAACCUAGUGAGAAGUUUCGCUUCUCUUUCGAUUGGGAAAACACGGAAGAUACUUCUAGAGAUAUGAAUGUUUUGUAUCAAAACCCUCAUGAGGCACAGCUUUUGUUCGGUCGAGGGUUUCGGGCUGGUAUGGAUAGGAGAGAGCAGAAAAAACUUGCUGCAAAGAAUGAGAAGGACAUGAGAAAUGAAUUUCGGAAAAAAGAAGGCCUAGACGAAAAGCCAGAAGAGGCGGCUGCUCAAAAAUUGAAGGAAGAAGCUGCUGAUAUGUAUGAUACUUUUGAUAUGCGUGUUGAUAGACAUUGGUCGGAGAAGAAGCUUGAAGAAAUGACUGAGAGAGAUUGGAGGAUAUUUAGGGAAGAUUAUAAUAUUUCUUAUAAGGGCUCAAAGAUUCCGCGGCCGAUGAGGAGUUGGGAAGAGAGUAAGUUGAGUAGUGAGUUGUUGAAGUCAGUGGAGAGAGCCGGGUAUAAGAAGCCGUCACCUAUUCAAAUGGCAGCGAUUCCUUUGGGAUUGCAACAGCGGGAUGUUAUUGGGAUUGCUGAGACUGGUUCUGGUAAGACUUGUGCUUUUGUUUUGCCUAUGCUGACAUAUAUUUCUAGGUUGCCUCCAAUGAGUGAGGAGAAUGAGGCUGAAGGGCCUUAUGCAGUUGUUAUGGCACCUACGCGUGAGUUGGCACAGCAGAUUGAGGAUGAGACUGUUAAGUUUGCACAUUAUUUGGGUAUUAAAGUUGUUUCUAUCGUUGGUGGGCAGUCUAUUGAAGAGCAGGGGUUUAGGAUUAGGCAAGGUUGUGAGGUGGUUAUUGCUACUCCAGGUCGUUUGAUUGAUUGUUUGGAGAGGCGUUAUGCAGUGUUGAAUCAGUGUAAUUAUGUGGUGCUUGAUGAGGCUGAUAGGAUGAUUGAUAUGGGUUUUGAACCUCAGGUUAUGGGUGUGUUGGAUGCAAUGCCAUCGAGUAAUUUGAAGCCAGAAAAUGAGGAUGAAGAGCUUGAUGAGAAAAAGAUUUAUCGCACCACGUAUAUGUUUAGUGCUACUAUGCCACCUGCUGUGGAGCGACUUGCUAGGAAGUACUUGAGAAAUCCUGUUGUGGUCACUAUUGGUACUGCUGGAAAGGCCACCGACUUGAUAACUCAACAUGUGAUAAUGAUGAAGGAAUCAGAGAAGUCCUACAGGUUGAAUAGAUUGCUUGAGGAAGCUGGAGAUAAGACCGCAAUUGUAUUUGUUAAUACUAAAAAGAAUGCAGAUAUGGUGGCCAAGAAUUUGGACAAGCUUGGUUUUCGUGUCACAACUUUGCAUGGUGGGAAGUCCCAGGAGCAGAGGGAAAUUAGCCUUGAAGGUUUUAGAACCAAAAGAUACAACGUGCUUGUCGCAACAGAUGUUGCAGGUCGUGGUAUUGAUAUACCUGAUGUGGCCCAUGUCAUUAAUUAUGAUAUGCCUGGAAAUAUUGAAAUGUAUACUCAUCGUAUUGGACGAACAGGCCGUGCUGGAAAGACAGGUGUGGCUACAACAUUCUUGACUCAUGGGGACUCGGAUGUCUUUUAUGAUCUCAAGCAAAUGCUUAUUCAGAAUAACAGUCCCGUGCCUCCUGAAUUGGCAAAGCACGAGGCUUCAAAAUUCAAGCCAGGAGGAAUUCCUGAUAGACCUCCUAGACGAAAUGACACUGUUUUUGCUCACUGAGGCACUUGGGAGUUUCAGAAGACCAUGUAACAAAAUCUAUGUGCAAUAUAGUGGUAUCAGAAACGUCGGUGGUUACUGCUCUACCAAUGGGACUGAGUUUAAGUCGGGGAUUUGACAAUCUCAAUUUAUUCAACAAACUUCCGUUUCCAUAUAUUUUCUUGAUACAGAGUUUCUGCCUUUAUCUGGUAAUAGAAGAUUUCACGUUGAUAUUAGUUGAGUGUCAUAUUUGAACUCUCAUUUCUUUUUCCUGAAUAAUUGUGUACCCAGCUUGAAGCGUUGACACUCUUAAAAUAUUGCAUUUUCUGAUGUUUACUUCUUUA